AUGCCGCCUAGGAAGGGGGCCAAGGGCAAGAAGGGAAAGAAGGAUUUGGACGAGGAUGCCUACUGGUGCGUGGUGUCAUGCGAGUUGGAGGUGGUGCGGAUGGCGAUCGACCACGCGCGUCAUGGUCCUCGUGCGAUCUCGAGAAUGGAACGAGAGGGUGGGGGCAUCAAUCAUCAAACAGGAUCACUCACGCUUGAAAAAGCAUUCUCACAGGCAAUCCAAAGCCUCCUCGAACGCUUCCCCAGCCGGUGCCGAAUCGGACGCUCAAGUCGACGUCGACCGUUCCCGUCGAUCGACCGCUGCGGCCUUUGCAUCCCUCAAUACCAGCCACGACGACGACCUCAACGCGGGCGGAGGUGACUCGGAUGAAGAUGGAGGUGGGCUGAUGGCUGCCAUCGCGAAGAGCUCAAAGUCAAAGAAGGAGAAGAAGACGAAGGCUGCUCCGGUUGAGGAAGAAGAGGAUCGGGAACACAUCGACUUGGCCGCGCCGAGGGGGGCGGUCGAGGUUAACGCGGAGGAUUGGAUGGAUGCCGAGUUUGGGGAUGAUAAGAAGAGUAAGAAGGGGAAGAAGGGGGGGAAUAAGAAGGCGCAGCAGAAGAAGCAGGACGAGGAUAGCGAGGACGAGGCUGCUGCCGAUGCGCAGGUAGAGGCUGUCAUCCAGGCCGUCGAGCAGGUCAAGUUGGACGAUGGGGAGAAGAAGGAGAGUCCUCAGGUCGAGGCGGAGGAGGAUCGAGACGACCAGGAGGACGAUCAGCCGAACCGAGUCUUGAGCAAGAAGGAGAAGGAGAAGCUCAAGAAGGAAAAGGAGAAGGUAGGCUCUCCGUUAUCCUGGCUGGUUGACGGCGCGAAUUCAACUCUCUGACUCUUGCUUCUCUCCCUUUGACCCUCACACAGGCGAAGAAGAAGGCCCAAGCUGCGGCCAAGAAGGCACACUCCGGCGACGCUGCACCAGCGGCCGGUGCCCCCGCCGAAGCCACUCCCGCACCCCCACCACCUGCCGCUACCGCUGCAGCCAAUGAUGACGCUGAAGACGAUGGCGACGAAGCAGGAGGUGAUGCCGCGUCGAAGAACAAGAAGAAGAAGAAAAAGAAGGCCGCCGACAAGCCCGUCGUGGAGAAGGCCGCACCGGCGCCCAAGCUGAACCCCAAGAUGGCUGCAUUGCGAGCGGCGAUGGAGGCGCAGAAGGCGGCGCAGGAGGAGGCCAAGAGGCUGGAGGAGGAGGAGCAGGCGAGAAUUGAGGAGGAGGAACGGAAGGCUGCUGAGGAGGAGAGGUUGCGCGCUGAGGAGAAGGCCAAGAAAAAGGAGAAGGAGAAGGUCGGUUCGAUUGAGAGAGUUGGAUCGAUUGUUGAUGGGCCGGUAACUGAUUCAAGAACACUCUACAGGCCAAGAAGGAUCAACUUCGCAAAGAGGGGAAGCUGCUCACCCCGAAGCAAAAAGCCGAAAAGGCCGCCGCCGAAGCUCGACUCAAGGCCCUCGUCGGUACCGAAGGUGUGCUCAUCGCGGGCUUGCAAAAGGGCAACGAUGGCGAAACGGCGCGCAAGGUCUCGUACGGGAGCAAGAAGAAGUCGUUCCACAAGAACGGCCCACAAGCUGCCGCUGAACCUGUGGUGGAGGAGAAGCUCGAGGCUGCACCUGUCGAGUCCGUCAACGAGGAGGAGAACAAGGAAGCAGGGAGUGACAAUGACGUCAAGGAUGACUGGGAUGCCAGUGACGUUGAGGAUGUCAAGGACGAUUGGGAUGCCAGUUCAUCGGAGGACGAGGAGAAGGAGGGCGCACCGGCGAAAGUUGCACCGGCUGCUGCACCAGCUGCAAAAGGUGAGCGUGGUGGCGCUGCACACGUGCGGGAGCAAUUACUGAUUGUUUGCUCCCUCCAUGCGGUCGCAGCUUCGAAUGGCAAGGCCAAAGCGGCACCGAAAUCCGCCACGACGACAACACCGUCGAAAGGUGCAGCCGUUGCCAAAGCUUCGCCUGCCGCAAAGGGAGCCGUUGCCAAACCUGCCGCCAAGGGUGGCAAGGCAGCCGUCGUCGAGUCUUCAUCUGAGGAGGACGACGAUGAGGAUGACUCGGACGAUGACGACGAGGAUGACUCGGACGACGAUUCAGACGACGAUGACUCAGAUCACGACUCGGACGACGACUCAUCUGAGGAUGAGAACGGCAUGACCUCGACCGAACGCAUGGCGGCCGAACGCAAAGCCGCAGCCAAGGAGCGACGAUUGGCCAAGGCUGCUGAUGCUCUCAAAGCCCGGAGCAAGGACGAUAUGCGCAGUCCAAUCUGUGUCAUUCUUGGGCACGUCGAUACCGGUAAAACCAAACUGCUCGAUAAGAUUCGACAGACCAACGUCCAGGAGGGCGAAGCCGGUGGUAUCACACAACAGAUCGGUGCGACCUACUUCCCGAUGGAAGCGAUCCGAUCCAAGACCGGUGUGCUUGGCGACAACGACUUGAAGGAAUACAAGCUUCCCGGUUUGCUCGUCAUCGAUACACCGGGUCACGAGUCGUUCACCAACUUGCGAACACGUGGUUCGUCGUUGUGCAACAUUGCCAUCUUGGUCGUCGACAUCAUGGUGAGUAGGGAGCGGGGUUGAAUAUACGCAGGUAUCAGCUCGCUAAUCACGGACUUUAUCUCUUUCUCCUCUCAUCACAGCACGGUCUCGAGCCUCAAACUCUGGAGUCGCUGCGAUUGCUCCGAGAAGGCAAAACCCCUUUCAUCGUUGCGCUCAACAAAAUUGAUCGACUGUAUGGCUGGAAGGCGAUCCCGAACGGAGGCUUCCAAGAAUCGCUCGCGUCGCAAUCCCCCGCCGUUAAGCGCGAGUUUGAAGAUCGAUUGCAAAAGACCAUUCUCGCAUUUGCCGAACAAGGUCUCAACUCGUUGCCUUACUACAAGAACAAGGACUUUGCUCGCGUCGUUUCGCUCGUACCGACUUCGGCCCACACGGGAGAAGGUGUGCCGGAUAUGCUCAUGCUCAUUAUCAAGUUGACGCAAGAGAGGAUGGCCGAACGCCUCAUGUACAUCUCGACGCUCGAGUGCACGGUCCUCGAGGUCAAGGUCAUUGAAGGUCUUGGAACGACGAUCGAUGUCGUCUUGUCGAAUGGUGUAUUGCGAGAAGGGGACAAGAUCGUCGUGUGCGGUCUCAACGGUGCAAUCGUCACCCAGGUGCGAGCUUUGCUCACACCCCAGCCCAUGAAGGAGUUGCGCAUCAAGGGUCAAUACGUCCACCACAAGGAGGUCAAGGCUUCACUCGGAAUCAAGAUCGUCGCGCCCGAUCUCGAAAAGGCGAUCGCCGGUUCUCGUUUGCUCGUCGUGACUGAGGAUGACGACGAGGACGAGUUGAGGGAAGAGGUCAUGUCCGAUCUGACGGAUUUGAUGAACUCGGUUGACAAGACCGGCAAGGGUGUGUGCGUCCAGGCCUCGACGCUCGGUUCGCUCGAGGCUUUGCUCGAAUUCUUGCGCGUCAGCAAAAUCCCCGUCAGCGGAAUCAACAUUGGUCCUGUGCACAAGAAGGAUGUCGUUCGUGCGUCGACGAUGCUCGAGAAGCACAAGGAGUUCGCCGUCAUGCUUUGCUUCGACGUUCCCGUCGACAAAGAGGCGGAGAAACUCGCCGACGAACUCGGCGUCAAGGUCUUCAAAGCGGAUAUUAUCUACCAUUUGUUCGAUGCAUUCACGGCUUACAAUGCGCAGAUGCUCGAGGCUAAGCGGGCCGAUCUGGCACCGAAAGCGGUGUGGCCCUGCAGGCUGAAGAUUAUCGCUUGCUUUGCGAAGCGUGAUCGUGCGUGUCUCACGUUUGACUGCUCCCUCCUCGAAACAAGCAGUACUGACGCCUUAAUUUUCCCCUGUUCACCACAGCUAUCAUCGUUGGGUGCGACAUCAUCGAAGGAUCCCUGCGAGUCGGAACACCGCUCUGUGUCGUGCGAACGGACGCGACAACGAAGAAGAAGGAAAUCAUCGGCCUGGGCAAGAUCACUUCGCUCGAGAUCAACCACAAGGUCAAGGACGUGAUCAAGAAGUCCGAAGCCGGUGGUGGAGUUGCGGUCAAGAUCGAGCAUGCGUCGUACGAGAGUGCCAAGCAGUACGGUCGACACUUUGAUGAGAACGAUGAGCUUAUUUCCUUGAUCUCGCGGACGUCGAUCGAUACGUUGAAGGACUUGUUCAGGGCGGAAGUGUGAGUUCCUGGGCAGGCCACUGAAUCAACGUUUCGUGGUCCCUGUCGCUGACUGCUCUACUCCUUCUCACCAACCUAUCACAGACCGAAGGAGGAUUGGGUCCUGAUCAAGAACCUCAAGACCAAACUCGAUAUCGUUUAA